CAACAAAGCUCGUUUUAAAAAGUAUUUCCAUCGUGACGGUCCAAGGGUAGUUUCAGAUUCAUAAGUCGACAUGUCGUUUUACAAACCAUUUUUUGCAUUUAGUCUUAUAAUUAMCGUGGUAAACGCCAACUAUGAUCAYUUUGUGGCUUUAGAUCCAGCGCAAAAGCUGAAGCUCUACUGGAGYGUCAACAGCCCCGAGGAGGGCAGUAUAUCGUUCAUGAUCGAAGCUGAGACUACUGGCUGGGUUGGCCUGGGAUUUACUCAAGGAACAGGCCGGAUGAAAGGCGCUGACAUUGUUAUCGGUUGGGUUAAGGAUGGCAAACCUUAUCUAACUGAUCGCCAUGGCGAAGGACACUUGUUACCAACAAUGGAUAAAUCACAAGAUUACAAGYUCAUCUCAGGAUCCGAAAAGGAUGGAAAAACCAUUUUAAAAUUCUCAAGAAAAGUUGAUACUUGUGACAACGACGAUCUGAAAAUCGAGGAAGGAACAACAAAGCUGAUCUUUGCUUACAGCGAACAAGACCCCAUUUCAGAAAAUAAAAUGACUAAACAUACAUACAAAUUCGCACGCAGUAUGCUGCUGUUGACGUUCGGAAAGAAACCUCGACCUGAUCCAUCGUGGAAAACGUUUGAUAUAUUGAUGAAUAACAUAACAAUACCAUCUGUAGCUACAACGUAUUGGUGCAGGAUUUUAAAGCUUCCAGACUUUGGAAAGAAGACUCAUAUCGUCAGAUUUGACCCAAUCAUUCAAGCAGGAAACGAGGGCUUCGUCCACCAUUUUGUGAUAUCUGAUUGCGUUGCAAAUAUAUCCACCCACUUGCAUAACUUUACAGGMAAUUGCUAUGACUACAGAAAUAUGCCCGGGGAAGUACUGAACUGCAGACGUCGAUCUGCUAACUUUGCAGGUUGGGGAGUAGGAGCUGGGCCAUUUGUAUUUCCUGGAAAUGUCGGUUAUCCCGUGGGUACCCCUGGACAGGUGUUCGUACUGGAAAUUCACUAUGAUAACCCGCAGAGAAUUGCAGGUCAAAAGGAUAAUUCAGGAGCGAGGUUUUACUACACAUCAAAGGUACGACGAUACGAUGCUGGGUCAAUAUCUGUAGGUCCAGAUAUCAACCCAUGGAUGGUUAUCCCACCAAAGCAAGAAAACUGGAUCACUACGGGGUAUUGCAAAAAGCAAUGCACUCAAAAGCUUCUUGARAGCACUGAUAUUCCUGGAAAAGGAAUCAAGAUAAUUGCGUCCUUUUUACAUACCCAUUUAGCAGGUCGUGCAAUUUGGACAAAACACGUGAGAAACGGAAAACAGCUGCCAGACAUAGCAAGAGACAAUUACUACGACUUCAACUUCCAGGAAAUGCAAAUACCRAAAAAGGAAAUCCAUUUUAAGCCGGGAGACGAGAUGAUUCAUCAAUGUCGUUACAACACAAUGAAUCGUGAUAAAAUCACCUAUGGCUCAGCGGGUACACAAGAUGAAAUGUGCGUCAACUUCAUUACAUACUAUCCUCGAAUCGAUAAUUGGAAGGAAUGUUUCAGCACAAAUUACGCUGGACCUUAUAAAUUCCUGGGCAAGUAUUUCCCGAAUUCACAAAAUGCGUCAUCGAUAAAUGUGAAUCCGCUGAUUUCCAUAAACCCMAAAUGGACAGAAAAAAUGGUGCAAGAUUUGAAGGAAUUCUAUGAGAAUGAAACGCACGUGUCUACAUGCAGCAACAACAAAAGACAAACUCUUGCUGACUACCUAAAGAAAGACAACAUGGAAAGGAAAACCAUUAUCGACAAGCCCUACUCUCACCCUCCAUCCCGCUGUAAUGUGAAAAGCUCGUCCCAGUCUCACCAUGUCUCAAGCCUCGUUGUGAUACCAGCUKUGAUUUCCGUCAUUAGUGCUGCUAGGAAACAGUUUGUGUAAAUCCUGGCCAGUCAGUAAAUCACAUUUCUUCCGAAAGUGAUGCGAAUCACAUUAUUAUGCUACUGAUCACUAUAAUAAUGAAACAGGCUUGAUAUAUGAAAUAUACAGAAAAUAAAACAAAUGGCCGCUCGAAGCUCUAUUUGUCC